GUUGCAGGUAUAUGGUUUCGAAAAUGUCCUCUAAAAUGUCGGGCUCAAACAAUCUGGCUCAUGCUAGGAGGAUGGUUCAGCAGCUGAGAGUCGAGGCCAGUAUCGAGAGGAUAAAGGUAUCCAAGGCCUCCGCUGACCUGAUGCGUUACUGUGGAGAAAACGCCAAAUAUGACCCUCUGCUCAUGGGCAUCCCCGCCUCAGAAAACCCCUUCAAGGACAAAAAGCCCUGCACUAUAUUGUAGUCUAACAACCACAGGCGUUUUAUUUAAGUAUUCUACUCAACUUCACCUUAAGUCCAGCUCCUUAGUAAAACUUUGUGCCACAUUUUAACUAUAUUUCGCUCUUACAGUAUUUAUUACUGUAAAUAAACUCCAAUCAAUACUAAUUAAUUGCCAAUUUUGGUGAUGGUUAGCAUCGCCUCUCAUUAGCGUCCCUCGUCUUUCUGUUUGGCCUGGAGUCAAUCCAGGAGAUAAUCCCAUAAUUCAAGGUGUUUAGCUGUUUUAAAGUUCCUCUUUCCACCAAACGGUGCCUUAAGUUACACUUUGUGGUUGAAAUAGGGAAGUAGAAGAUCACAGUAUGAUUUAAAGAGCUUGAAGCUACACUAACUGAUUAAAUGACUGAUGACAUUGUAUAUUCCUCUAGUAGCACAUUAUAUGAAUGAUUUAUUAAUAGCAAAGGGACUGAAUUAAAUGGAAUUUGAGGAUCCAUAAUGAAUCAGAUGUAACUUCUGCAAUCAUCAAUGGUCAAGUGCAUGCUGGGUGAAUGAAACAAGAAAGUAAGUGAUAUGACAGAUUUUUCCGAGAGGAAAGUUGAGAGUUUCUGGAGUGGUUUAGAGGGGAAGUUCACCCAACAAUCCUGUCAUCGCUCACUCUUAUUUCAAAAUAGGAUGAGUUUCUUUCUUCUGUUAAACACAAAAGGAGAUAUUUCGAAUAAUGCAGGAAACCUGUAACCAUUGACUUCCAUAGUAUUUAGUUUUCCUACUAUGGAAGUCAAUGUUUACCAAUUUUCAGCUUUUUUUAAAUGAAUUAUUUUGUGUUGAUCAGAAGAGACUCAUAAAAGACUCAUAAAGAGACUCAUACCACCUGAAGGUGAGUAAAUAGUGAGUAAAAUUUCAUUUUUGGGUGAACUAUUUUUCGUUAAGAGAAAAGAGAAGUAAUUCCAUUGGCUUGCACUUUCAAACCCAUGUGCCUUUUUUUAAAGCAUUCCUUAUUUUCAAUGUAUACGAAUGAAAUGAUGAUCCUUUUUUAUCUGUUGACCCUUUUUCUUCUGAUUUUUAAGUGCCUUUGUGUGUCUUUCCUCUGACAAGGCACAUUUUUAGACCACUGCUGAAUUGAAAGGAUUUUUUUUAUUUGUUUUCUUUUAUUUUUGUGAAGAGGGCAGUCGUGAAACAUUACAUUAGCAUUCAGACUUUGAACGAACCGCAUUCGUGAUGCUGCUGAGAAAUGCAGUAUUUGAGACUCACAACCAAAUCCCUGUGACCUCAGUAUCUCUGUGAAGAAAAGCAUUCUUUUCUUUUCUAAUUUCUGUAUUUUGUUUGUGCGAGCCUUCGUAACGUGUGCUGUACGUACUGUACCUUGAAAGAAAGAUUUAUUAAAAUUGUGAAAUAGUAAAACAA